UCCGCGCCUUGCCGCCGUGCGCGUACUGUACCCGCCACCGAAGUGAACUCGCUCGAAGUAUACCUGCGCACUCGCAAAUUUACAAUAUGAAGUUAUUGAUUUUACUGGCCCUUUGCGGCACGGUAUAUCUUAUGCCCAUGGAAAUGGGUUCGUCGGCGCAAAAUGUGACUGCCACUUCUCCUAAAACAAUUUGCGCUCCGCAAACACCAUGCUCAUGGUCUGUUUAUAAUCCUCAUACAAGGGAAAUAUUAAAGGAGAUAGGCAACACAUAUUGCGUAUGCCCUGCCGACUUAAUAUGCCAAAUAACAGAGGACGACAUUCCGGUGAGCAGUUACAUUCACCGCUGCCGAUCAAAAGACUUCGAAUCGGACAUUGCGGACAGAUAGCGCUGCGCAGGCGACGACGCGCUGACAUCUCUUGACGUCGCUUGUUCCUUAGAACAGUGCUGAUUAUACGACUUAGGAACCUCUAAUUGUUACAAUUUCAACACUCUAUUUUUAACAAUCGAUGAUAAUUCGCAAAUAUUCAAAUAUAAUUUUAAUUCAGUCAUAUUAUAUUCUUGAAAUGUACUUACUUAUUCAGUUUUAAAUGUUUUAAAAAACUUUAAUGACUGUACUGCUCAAGGUUAAGCACGUCUAAUUUAAAGUUCCUAUUUAUAAUAAGUACCUAUGUUUUCCUAAUAAUUUUAUUUAGAUAGAUAACUUAGUCAAAUAGAAUAAUGCUAGAAAAUGAUUAGUUUAAGUAACUUUGACAUAUUAAUAAUUGUUUAUGAAGAUAUGUGUGAUUCGAGUGUUUGAUGAAAU